UCAUUUUAGUAUUAUGGUCAGACGAAUCAUCAGGGUCUUAGAACAGCGUCACGGAAGCCCACGCUUUUGGGCAACUUUACCCUUUUCUGCUAGAAGGGUUCAUAAGGGACAGAGGUUUUUUUUAGAUGACGGUGAAGAGGUUGAAUUUGACUGCCCUUAUAACAGUCUACUCACCCCAGGUCAGCAGCUGGAGACAGAACAAGGAGAUAUUGUGGAGAUAAUUGGCGAAGAGGAGGCAGUUUCUGUGGCUAUGUUACGUCAAAGUCAUCCUUUGUUAUUUGGCAGGGCUUGCUAUAUUUUGGGAGUUUUUCAUAUACCCGUUGAGCUGGGUAGAGAUUGGUUGCGAUAUCCAGUGAACAACCAAGUCGAUAACAAACUGGCGGAACUUGGCUUAGAAGUACAUACAGAAAGAGCUAUUUUCUGUCCUGACAGGGAUGCUUUCCUGUAUCAAAAUUUGAUAGCGGCUGGCAGAAAUCACGAUGGUGCAGUAACAGUAAACAGUUCUUUGGUAGCGGAUGGAUAUGCUCAAAGUUAUACUCAAAACGCACAGUAUGCAGCUCCAUUGAAUAGGCCAGUCAAUCCUUCAGGGUUUCCUAAUGAAUAUCCUUAUCAAGAAAACUAUUCAUAUGACCCAUAUCGACCCAAUCCUUCUUAUGUUCAGCCAGUACCCGAUUAUAAUGAUGCCGUUUAUGUUGUUCAAGACCCAUAUGGUUACGAUCCUAAUAAUAGUCAAUAUUUACCCCCUCAAUCUAAUUCGGGAGGGUUUUUUAGAAGAAUAUUAGAUGACUUGUAAAACUUCUCCAGUCUUGUAUCUAUCAGGCAUACUAUGCUUUGAGAUAUUAUUCUAGUGAGGUUUUCUUAUUCCAAAAAUUUUUGUCUUCUUCAAUUGCUAUCACAGGGGAACAUAAUUUGUUUCAGGCAUCUUUGAAAUUUCUCAACAAGGAAAACAUUCUUAAAGAAACCAAUACAGAGAGGAAUAAUAUUUAUCAUUUUUCAUCUAUUUGAUUGUAUAUAUACCAAGCUUUGUAUCAAGAUUCUGGAGACAUUCAACAUUCAGCUUUUUGUAGUUUAUCAUCUUGUUGUAGCAAAAGCAAGGAUUCAUAAAGUUCGAACCCAAUCUUCAUUUUGAAGAAUUUUUUUUACUCAUUAUUUAUUACAAUGACCGGCAAAGUUACUGUGCUGUUUGGCAAGAACUUGGUUUUUGUCAGACAACAACUAUGAGUGAAAAAAAGUUUUUAAAAUGGAGGAAAAAUGCGUCGCCUUUUUAACAUACCGUGCAAGAGAAUAUUGUCACAACUUCCACGGUUCUAACAGCCGGAACUCUCAUGUGACUUUUGCACAGUAAUAGAUUCAGGAGGUUGUUGUAACUUUAUCUAGUCAAUCCACUUUAUCGUUACUAAAUUAUCUAUUUGUCCGUAGAAACGCAAGUAAUCACGCCGUUUCAUCAGUUUCUUAAAGUCAACCAACCCACAAUACACCAUUCGACUAUUA